CUCCAAUAAUAAAUCAAAUUCUACUAUAAAUGUCACCUAUAUAGGGUUCAAACCUUUAGACUCAAAGAGACAUAAUUCAGAAAAGAGACAGAAUCUCAAGAAAGCUAAGCUUCAAAUCCUUGACUCAUCUUAG